CUCAAUGCCAGUCGGUAUGCGUUGUGUUGCGCGCGCGCUUGUGUGGUGCAGCAUUUUGUGAGUGACUUAUGUGGUAGAGACCUGCGAUGGCAGUCUUCGAUAAGUGGGUCGCGCUCAAGAUUGUCGAGUUUUUAUUCUGCGUUGCAUGCCUGGUUGCAAAGCGUGUAUCGACUGACGACGAAGCACGACUGGCGUUAUUAUUACAGAAGCUAUCUCGCGAAUGGUCUUUGCUAAAUUCUAUCACUUGGGACUCUUCAGGGAGUGCAUUUGCUGACGCUACAUAUGGAGGAUACGUGAUCAUCACAUUUGGACUGAUCUUCGCUCGAGCCUUUCAAGAGAUACCUAGAGGACGCCGUAUUUUGGAGGGAAUUCUCCUCGGUUUUGGGCUGCUGUUUUUCUUAGUUUUGGGUGGUCUAGAGCUAGCUUCCCUAGAUGCAAUCCCAGAUACUCUAACCGUAAAUGCAGCAGUUCUUGGAGCUCUGUCACUGGCGGUAGCAGCCCUUUUCCUCCUCGAUUUGAUGGGCCCAAGGGUCUACACCGCUACAAGGCCCUCGCAGACAGAUAAAACAGAACCUGUAAAGUCACCAAAAAGCGAGAAAAAAGUCUCAAUUCUGUCACAGCCAUCGACGAAUGGUCAUCUACCAAACGACAAACAGAAUGGAAAACUUCCAGAAAGACCAAAAGACUUAGAUUUAGGUAAAGAAACUAAAAAGGCUGAUACUCCUGUAUUUGAAUCUCCCAAAAGUGCUUUAUCACAACUUGAUGAUUUAGAUAUCGAUAAUUUGGAAAAAUCUAAAUUCGGGUCGUUAAGAAAUAUUGAAGGUGGAAACUAUGUUCGAUUAUCUGAUCCCCUUGUUAUUCCAGACCGGUUACAUUACGAGCAGGAGUUAGCAAAAUUUAAUGAGAAGUACUUCAGAGAUUAUUUAGAAUAUACAGAGAGCUUAGAAGGAAAAGGAAAAGUGGUUAAAGAGCAGUACUUACCUGAGCUUCAGACACCUGUGCUUGCGAAGGUAAAGACAGGGCGAUUAAAGGACUUGUACGAUGAAAUGUCACCGGUAUAUGAGAAGAAGAGACAGUCUAAAUCACCGACUAGAGCUAAAACAGUUGCAACUCCCACUUUGCAGCAGCUUGAAGACUACUUGAAAGGUUCUGGGAGGUCACGACGUGCAGAUACGCCAGCCAUUUAUCCCCUAGAGCGAAUAGAGGAAAAAGAAGGGAACGACGAGGGAAGAGCUUCCGGAACUCCUACAGACCCGGGGUAUGUCCAGUACACGGCAAAUAGAUGGCCAGAAAAGAGGGAGCUAAGAACACCAAGACAUAGUCCAACGUAAUGAACAAGAGUGAUCAAAAAAGGCCUUUUAAAAAAAAACUGACUUAUUAAUAAAAACUAAAACAAACUUUUACAAUAGUCAUUUGUCUCUUUUCAUGACAGGGUAAAUCCAAUAUGACGGAACGAGAUAACAGAGUAUUUAUAACACUUGAGUUUUUAUUAAUAGGGUCGCUCAGUGAUGCAUGUUAAUUUUCUUAUAUCUAAAGAGUGUGUGAGAAAUUCUAUAAUUGUAAGAUAUUUCAUUGACAUUUGAACUAUGUUCAAUGCCUUUACUGAUUCUAAUAGACGCUUGUAGUUAGGUAAAAUACUGGUAAUAAGUUUUUAAUGUGUGUAGCUAUUAGACAUUGCUGUAACGAACAGUUGUUCACUAAAGUUUUAGCGUAUGUCAUGUAAAAUUCUUUUGUUUAGCUAAGCCAAAGAAUCAUUUGUUGUGUACAAAUUUGGUUGACAUCUAAAGUAAGGUCGAGAACAAAGUAAUUGUAAUGACUUUACUAUUAGUCAUUGACUUGAUUAAUUCUCUCGUGUGAUAAUUAUCCGUCCAAUGCCAGGUAUAUUCCGACUCACAUAAAGUUACGAGGUAAUUUAAAAAAUAAUUGUUACAUUUUAUAUUAUUACAAAUCUGAACUGUUCAAAUUGAAAUGAAAAGUGUGUUUCAAAUUUGUAAUACACAACACGGGUCGUAGUCGGGAAUGGGACAGAACACAUUAUCUAUUAGAUUUUUUAAAUGGUUGAAAAGUAAAUAACAAUUUUAUAUCGAUUUAAUUAUAACAUAAAUAUGUACAUAUGAUAUAUAACUAAAAAUACGUUUUAAAUUAUUUUAUCGCUCUGUAAUGUACAGUUUAAUAUAUAGAGUUGAGUUGCAACAGUGUUGUUGCGUGAACGUGAUGUCUCUUGGUAAUAAAAUAAAUUUGUUAUUCAUAAAUUACAAAUUAAUGAUAUGUACUAGAAUAAAUAUUAUUAAUGGCAUGUUCUUGUUUGAGGCGACAUCCUAAGGCACAUACUGCACCUCUGGAUACAGCACCUUUACUCUAUAACAUCCAAUAGCUUCACCGAUCCCAAAGUUUUUCAAUCCCAAGUUCGAUAUAUAUAUAAUUCUCUCAAUAAGCGCUGAUGCCCUCAGGACCGCGUGAAACAGAAACUCUUUAUUGUAAUAGGGAUUGCUGUCGGUCUCGCUAUUAGAAGUUACAGAGUAAGAGUGCUGUAACUUGAAAGAUUGUUGCGCUGAGAAUGUAACUUGGGACCUUCUAAACAUACGCCACGUACGUUGUAACUACACGAAACUACGACACGGGGCUAUCUAUAAUCAUUUUGUUUAUUCUUCAAAGACUUAUUUGUGAUUUUUUUUUGUUUGUUAAAUGCUAUUUAAUAUUGCUUCAAAUGUUACCAACAGUACGCCUUAGUUAUUAUUGUGUUCAUUAAGUGCUCAGUAUUUCUCGUUUUUUUACGAGUUAUAUUGUUAUCAAUGUGAAGUUCACACGAUGUAUUAUAUAUUUACGUAAAUUAAGAUACAAUUGAUAAUUAGGAUUACU